AUUUGCCUUCGAGUCGGGCAGCGAGACGCGGACGAGGUGCAGCAUGUCCCGCUUGGCCAAGAUCGAGCUCAAGGCCGACAUCCGCGUGCACCGGAAGCAAGUCCGAUGGCUCUUCCACGAGCUUCUUCACGCCGGCGAGCCCGUCACUGUGUGCUUUGAGAGCCCGCGGCUGGGCCUUGAGGUGGCCUGUCGCCAACCCACAGUCCUCCGCGUCACCAAGAUCAAUCCCGCAGCGCAUCUUCCGCUUCGCAUUGGCGACUACGUCACCGGCGUCAACGACCGCGACUUGGCGAUAGAAGGCGCGGACCAGAACGAUUUCAAGGCCAUCGUGGCUGCCGCGCCGCGCCCUCUUGUGCUGCACGCGAGUCGCCUCGGUCUGCCCAAGGCCGCGCGGCAAGAUGCAACGCUCUCUGCGCUCAAGGCGAUCCUCGCGCAGGCCAAGGUGCUCGAGAUUCAAGGCAAGGAGCUCACGAUGAAGUCGGCGCCUCUGUACCGGGCGUGCACGGACGACGAAGCAACUAUGAUGAAGACGACGCUGUCGGGACAGGCCGACCUGCUGGCCAUCAUUGUCCGCGAAGCCAGCACGAUGCGCGAUGGCAUCCUUGCAUCCAAAGAGACGCGACUGCGCCUCGACCUCGACAAGUGGAUCAGCGCCAAGAUGGCCAUGCACGUCGACCAUGUGCACCGCAGCCUUCCCAUGGUGACCAAGCUCAUGAAGCGAGUCGCGCUGACCCGCCUCGCCGAAGCGCUCGACACGUCGUGGGUCGCAGCGUACAGCCCCGUCGAGCUCAAGUGGCUCCAGAGCAGCGAGAACCGCAUCAAAGCACUCUUGACCUGGCUCCUCGAUGGCCUUGGACAAGACCACGCCCACGCAGACGCGGUCGACACCGCCCAGCGCAUCGUGCAGCAGCUCGUGCGUCACUACACGUCGAUAUGGAUGAGCAACACGCAGGCGGCGCCGGGCAGUGUUCAGAAAACGCUUUUCGACCACGCGCGCCGGCUCAAGACGGCGGUGGCCCUGCCCGCCAAUACGCUAUUGCGGCAACAGCUCGUGACCGGUCAAAUCGCAGCCUCUGCGUUCCUGACCAUGUCGGCCGACGACCUCGCGCCGCCGCAGCUGCGCGAAGAGCGACAGACGUACGCAUCACAGGCCAUGCACAACGCGAUUCUCAAGACGCCGACGGCGACGAAAGCGCUCAUCAAGACCAAGAAUGGCUUCAAGGAGGUCGCGACCCCUCACGCGAUCGAGGUGCCUGUCUGCGAGAGCCCGGCCGAGGUCUCGGACGCCACGUCCUCGCCGAUCGCGCGAGCCACGUUGUUCCCCAUACCGACCAAGCCCGUGCCCGUCCCGUUGCCGUCCAACACGCGCACCCCCAAUCUUGUGCCGUCGUCUCGCAGCGUACCCCGCCACGUCCCGCCCAAGCCCAAGCCCGCCUCAUCUCCCGUCCCAACUAGCCGCCCUAAGUCGAUCGAAGAAUUUCGGCGUUCGGCGACCGACGACACGCGCCCCAGUAAACGCCCGCGUGUCGACGCGCCGGCCGUCAUCACAUCCAUCAACGCCCCGGACCCGUCGCGUUUGGAGGAAAUGGUACUUGAAGACCUCGCGGUGCUGCCGACAACGCUGUUCUUUUUACGGGCGGUGCUCGAAAACAAGGCAGCGACCGACAAGCAGCUCGCCGAGCUUGUGAUGCGGGUCGAGAAUGCGUCGCAGUACCAAGUGGCCCCGAACGUGCUGGCCAAGAUUGCGUCGACGACCGUGCAUGGAGAGUACCGCGUGGACGUGGCGAUCGGUGCAUACUACCUGCGCAUUACGACCGCCGAGUGCCUGCCGCAGAACAGAUUCCCGAAAGAAGAAGCGGUGCGACACCUUCUGGCGCUGACCACGAGCCUCCACGGCCGCUGGAGCUCGCUCCUCGAUACGUUUGCCCAGCGAUUCGGCGAGAGCGAAGCCAAGCGGCUCGAACACGCGCGCGUGCUUGCUGUCGAGCACGUGAUGGAGAGCGCCCGCCAACACUUUCGACUCGAAGAGAAGCGCGUGAACGGCCGCAGUCUCUGCCUCAUUCGCGUCAACGCAGCGCUUGUCGCGAAAGGCCGCGGCCACGACGGCCCGUCGGCAAAGAAAGCAGCGUGUGACAUGCUCGGCGAGUUUCUCGUGUCGGUGUUGGUGUACCAUGCGCCGGCCAACCGCCACUACCGCUACGCACUGCAGAAAGGCCGGCGCCCGAGCCCGACUUGA